AGUGAUGUCAAAUGCCAGGGAAGUGAGGUCGAGUAGUUGCGGUUUAUGUAGGACUGUGGCGGAUCCGUGACAAUGUUGGCGAGGUUGGCUUCUCGUGCCACCAACGUGGUGACCAAGUCUCCCGUUGCACUUAGUGUUCGCAAUGACAGCCAUUACCACCCUAGUGUGAAUGGUGCCUUGACCCAGGAUGAGGUUCUCUCACGCAUGCAGAAGGACAUCGAGACCAGAGACCACGAACGGUUUCGUUGGCAGAGAAUGAACAUGCCGUUCACGCAGACCUAUGUCGUUGCCGACAAUGGAUUUGAGUACUGCCGAGGUGGCAUUCCCGGAUGGCUUUGGAUGCUUAUAGGAACUGUGACUCUCUCUGCUACAUCCUACAAGUUCAUCAAAGACCGUUUCCAUGACCCAUACAUCUUCCAGCAAAACCCCGGCCCUGACUUGGAGGAGUAUCACCGUAUCAAGGACCGAUUGGCUUCCGAGCCCGACUUCUGGAACUGGGACGAGCGCGAUGCUGCCAAGACGGAAUAACAUGUUUGCCUCUUCUUUAAAAAAGCUGUUUUUUUUAUUCAAUUAUGCUUGCUCCUGCCAUGUGACCAAGCUACUUAGCCUAGACAAAGGGAAAUCAUAGAGUUGCCACCUCCAAUAAAAACGGCUCUGUGUGUCAGUGUA